AUGGCCUCGCAACUCUUGUCCCUCCGGGACCGACAGGUCGCUUCGAUCCAGAAACUCCUCAAUCUGAACCAUGAUUCACAACCUACCGAUGACACAACCCUCGAUCAGUCCACGGGAGGCGGUCUUAUCUCGCAUACCACCCCGAUCCUGAACGAAGAUGGCGAUCCAAUCUGGAAGGUGCUGGUAUUCGACAAGAUGGGCCGUGAUGUUAUCAGCAGUGUUCUGCGAGUCAAUGAUCUCCGCGCAUGGGGAAUUACAAUUCACCUGAACCUGCACUCUCAAAGAUACCCAAUUCCAGAUGUACCCGUCGUCUACUUCGUGGAGCCCACUCCCACCAACAUUGAAGCUAUCACUCACGACCUUUCCCACGGGCUCUACUCCCCAGCCUACGUGAACUUCUUAUCAUCCGUUCCCCGGCCACUACUGGAGGACUUCGCUUCUCAGAUAGUCACCUCUGGCGCAUCCGAGCAUAUUGCGCAAGUCUUCGAUCAAUAUCUCAAUUUCAUCGUGGCAGAGCCAGAUUUGUUCAGUUUAGGACUUGGAAACGAUGCAUACUACAAGAUCAACAGCCCCAAGACAACCGAUGAAGACUUGGAUGCCAUUGUUGACAGAGUAGUUGGUGGUCUGUUCAGUGUUAGUGUGACCAUGGUGUCUGACUUGGCAGGUACCAUUCCAAUUAUUCGAUGCCCCAAGGGCGGCGCGGCCGAACUGAUUGCAACCAAAUUGGACCGAAAAUUGCGCGAUCACAUUCUCAAUUCCAAGGACAACCUAUUCUCCGGCAAUCAAAAAGCUUUGCCGGGUGUACCAUCAACACGGCCGGUUCUGAUCAUCAUGGACCGAAACGUUGACCUGGUUCCCAUGCUCUCCCAUUCAUGGACAUAUCAAUCACUGGUGCAAGACGUUCUCGAGAUGCGACUGAACCGUAUCACUUUGGAUGAAGAUUCAACUAAAAAGUCUUACGACAUUAACAGUAAUGACUUCUUCUGGCAGCGCAACGCUGGAGCUCCGUUCCCUCAGGUCGCCGAGGACAUUGAUACGGAACUGACACGCUACAAGGAGGAUGCAAAUGACAUCACCAAGAAGACCGGCGCUUCUUCUAUCGAGGAUCUUCAAAAUGACACCAGCGCCUCUGCGCAGCAUCUGAAGGCUGCCAUCACACUUCUCCCUGAGCUGCGGGAACGUAAAGCUGUUCUCGAUAUGCACAUGAACAUCGCCACCGCACUACUCAAGGGUAUUAAGGAUCGGCAGCUGGAUAAUUUCUUCGAGACGGAGGAAACUAUCACUAAACAAUCAAAGACCCAGAUAUUAGAGCUGGUUCAAGACCCAUCCAAGGGCAGUGAACCUCUGGAUAAGUUGCGUUUGUUUGUUAUUUGGUUCCUAAGCACCGAGACCGAACUCAGCCGCUCCGAGAUGUCUCAAUUCGAAGAAGCUCUGACCCAAGCUGGUGUUGCCGAUAUCUCUUCCCUCGCUUAUGUUCGACAAGUGCGCGAGAUCACUCGAAUGACUAUGAUGACAACGGCCGCUCCCGAACAACAAUCUUCCGAUCUUUUCCGCGGAUUCUCCUCGCUUUCGAACCGUUUGACGGAUCGCAUUACCUCAGGGUCUCUAGGUGCCAACUUUGACUCGCUGAUCUCCGGUGUGAAGAACUUCCUCCCUGCGAACAAGGAUCUCACCGUGACAAAGAUCACCGAAUCAAUCAUGGAUCCCGCAGCGGCCUCCGGCUCUGCCAUUGCAAAGACAGAGAACUAUCUCUACUUUGACCCAAGGAGCGCCAACGCGCGUGGCGCCAUGCCACCGGCCUCUGCAUCACGAAACGCACAGUCCCCGGGAAGCGCAGGCCCCGGCACUGGCGCCAGCUUUGGACAGCGCCGUCAGGCCUUCAGCGAGGCGAUUGUCUUUACCGUUGGUGGUGGAAGUAUGGAUGAGUAUGGCAACUUGCAAGACUGGGUUCGCCGAACAAACGGCGAGGCUGGUACAGAGGGCGCGCCGGCUCAGCGGGCAACUCCUGGACACCGCCGACGGGUUGUCUACGGCAGUACUGAUCUCAUGAACGCCACUGAAUUCAUUUCGGACUCAUUGGCGCCAUUGGGUCGGGACAGUUAA